AUGCCCUUCCUACCUGGGCCAAAAUGGGGGAAAUGCAGAGUUCCAGGGGAAGCCAGGGAGAGCCCCAGGGCGGGGAAUGUCAGGAAAGCCGAGGGAGAAGGAUGGGAUUCGCCUCUGGCAGAGGAGAGCCUGGUUCCAGGGAGGAGCUGCUGUAACGUGCCUGUCCCUUGCCUUGCAGGUGAGCACGGGGCCCAGCUGGGGCUGCACGGUGGCAGCGGGGACGGGCUGGGCGACGAGAGCACGGCCGUGGAGGAGGGCGAGACCAGCCCCGACCCCCAGCCCCAGCAGGGCCGCAAAACGCGGAGGGAAGCCUGCACCUGUCCCUACUGCAAGGAAGGAGAGGGCAGGAGCUCUGGGGAUCCAGGCAAGAAGAAGCAGCACAUCUGCCACGUGCCGGGCUGCGGGAAGGUGUACGGCAAGACGUCUCACCUGCGGGCGCACCUGCGGUGGCACACGGGGGAGAGGC